AUGUAUUCAUACUACGUCGUGGACAGUGACAAGAAUGCAACUCACCCACUAGCCAGGUAGGCGGCUAAUAUAGAAAAGUCUUCCUGCGACUGUGAAAAGCUCGAGGCACGAACGUGGUCGUGAAAUGAUAUAAGGUAAUACAAAUCCUGAAAACAGCAUGAUCAAGGCGCCCAAUCUCCAUCCAGUCAAAUGUCCUAUUCAAAUAUGUAGAACGCGACUCACCCACUAGCCAGGUAGGGUAAUUAUUAUACCCGGCUAAAAGGCCAAUAUGUAACUUAAACUAAAUUUGACGGAUAACGACACUUAUGUUUGUACUUCUCAGUUCUUAACCCUAAUAGGCAGUUUCCUUGACGUUCGAAUAUAAAAUUUAGAAUUUGACUGAUUUUUUUGAAGCGAGGAAAAUUGGAGAACCCAUGAAAAAACCCUCGAAGCACAGAUGAGAAUCAAAAAAUGCAAAUCCAUUCAGUCUUUUCAGGUUUCGUCACAACGUUUCUUUUUUUGUCUUUCAGCUAUACGAGAACCUACGAUGACUUGCUUUGGGCAAUGUUGGGAUCAGACGAGAAGGAAGAGGGUGAAAUCAGUGAUAAUCGUUAUGCCUACAUUAAGAAAUUGGGGGAGGGAUAUCUCAUCAUGUUCAUUGUUGCUGCUGUUGUUGUUGCGUUUAACAUGUUAGUCGCCACAAUGAAUCACACUUACGAGAACAUCAUGGUAAGUAUACUUAAGUCAUUUGAAGUGUUUCCGCGCUCGAAACAAACGGUUCUGAGUUAUAUGUAAAGCAACGUGUACUGCCGUAACAUUGAAAUGGCUUCCCGUAAGAAUGGUUCUCGUAUGAGAAAAAAAAGGGAAACAUACGGUUCUGACUUACAGCACGUACACGGUACGACAUGCCAUAACGUUGAAGUGGCUUUCAGUGUCUUCCAGGUAUUCACUGAGAACACGUAGUUACGGCAUAUGAAUAGCACUGCAGUACGACUACACCUAUUUAUCGUAUCGUUUCCCACUUAUACGAAAACCACACUCUAAAGCAAAACCUAUACUCCCUAAAUCGUUCCUAUUCUAAUCUGUGUGUUGUUAGCUUUUUCUGUAUUUUGCAUUUUCUGCAUUCCUUGUCGCCUGGCACUUCUUCCAAAAUAAUCUUCAUGUAAAGACUUGACGCGACAUUAAUAUUUUAUAAUUAUAUUAUUUAGCGGAACGUCCACAAGGAGUACAUGUUUUCUCGCACGAGGAUGUGGAUGGAAUACAUCGCUAAAGAUUACUCGUCCCUGCCUCCACCUCUAAAUCUGGCAGACUUCAAACGUUGUUUCAAGUGCAGUUGUACGGUAAUGCAUUCUGUUGUUAUCAUCAUCCUCAUCCUCAUCCUCAUCCUCAUCACCAUCAUCGUUAUCUUCAUCACUAUCAUCAACAUCGUCAUCACCACCACAACUAUCAUUAUUACCGUCAUCUUCUUCGUCAUCAUCAUCAUUGCCGUUAUUGAAACAUUUCCCCUCUUUCUUCCAGGCAAGAAACGAGGCAUCUCAAGAAGACCGCUUCAAGGUAAGCAAAAAGAGGUAAACGAGUUGUUGAAAGUUGUUAUAUUCAGCCAUCCCUCCCUCCCUCCCUCCCAUCCUAUCAUGUAUAAUUAUCGCUAACAUCUUUUAUCUUCCUCUCAACCCCACAGAGGAUUUCCAUAAUCAAGCGUCUUGUGUUCCGAUAUCUGCUCCGAUCCUUGGGACUCAACAACUCAGAAUAUUCUCACGAUAUUCUAAUUCAAAGUCAAAGCAGCGCUAGUCAGUCACCCCCUGUAGUUUAG